CACUACACAUUCGUAUAAAUCUAUAGUGUGGCAACGUUGUUUUUCAACGCUGCAGACUAUGGCAGGAACAAUCGUGCGGUUAAAUAUAUUGCAAAAAUCACAAUUUGCAUACGCGCUACCGGUGGCACUGCAAAAACGUAGGCAGGGCACAAAUGCACCCCCACCUGGAACUCCGCCACCACAAACAAAAACUAAAUUUGGUCCUUUAGCUGAUCAGGAUCGCAUCUUUACCAAUCUGUAUGGACGUCAUGAUUGGCGUUUAAACGGCGCCUUGAAGCGGGGUGAUUGGCACAAGACAAAAGAAAUUGUUUUAAAAGGUGCUGAUUGGAUAAUCAAUGAAAUCAAAACGUCUGGUUUACGCGGUCGUGGUGGAGCUGGGUUCCCGAGUGGCAUGAAAUGGUCUUUUAUGAAUAAGCCAUCGGAUGGGCGACCUAAAUACUUGGUGGUUAAUGCCGAUGAAGGUGAACCUGGAACAUGUAAAGAUCGUGAGAUAAUGCGUCACGAUCCCCAUAAACUUGUUGAAGGUUGUUUAAUUGCUGGACGAGCUAUGGGUGCGAAUGCUGCUUACAUCUAUAUACGAGGAGAAUUCUAUAAUGAAGCUUCAAAUAUGCAAAUCGCUAUUGCCGAAGCUUAUCAGGCAGGCCUAAUAGGGAAGAAUGCUUGCGGCUCCGGUUAUGAUUUUGACGUGUUUAUGCAUCGUGGAGCUGGUGCCUACAUAUGCGGUGAAGAAACUGCACUCAUUGAAUCGCUUGAAGGAAAGCAAGGUAAACCUCGCCUCAAACCACCUUUCCCAGCUGACGUAGGUGUAUUUGGCUGUCCAACCACAGUCACAAAUGUUGAGACUGUUGCCGUAGCGCCAGCGAUUUGUCGUCGUGGGGGAGCAUGGUUUGCUAGUUUCGGUCGUACCCGUAACUCUGGCACUAAACUCUUUAAUAUUUCCGGGCAUGUAAAUACACCCUGUACUGUGGAGGAGGAAAUGUCCAUAACUUUAAAGGAACUAAUUGAACGUCACGCGGGUGGUGUAUGUGGUGGUUGGGAUAACUUAUUAGCUGUGAUUCCGGGUGGUUCCUCAACGCCGCUUAUCCCAAAGAAAGUUUGUGACGAUGCAAUAAUGGACUUUGAUGGCCUCAUUGCGGCUCAAACAUCUUUAGGCACGGCUGCCAUUAUAGUGAUGGAUAAAUCUACGGACGUUAUUAAGGCCAUUGCUCGUCUUAUAGAAUUCUAUAAACACGAAAGUUGUGGUCAGUGUACUCCUUGCCGCGAGGGCAUUGGCUGGAUGAAUAAAAUCAUGGCCAGGUUCGUUUCCGGCAAUGCGCAAGCUGCUGAAAUCGAUAUGCUCUGGGAAAUUUCCAAACAAAUUGAAGGCCAUACAAUUUGCGCUUUGGGUGAUGGUGCCGCUUGGCCCGUUCAGGGUUUAAUACGCCAUUUCAGACCAGAAAUUGAAGAGAGAAUGAAGAAAUAUUCCGCUAAAGUUUCAAAUUAAGCUUUGCAAUGGCUUAGAAAUAAUUUUACAACAUUAAUUUAAUUCGUUCUUUGUAAACGAGAAUGUAUAUUGUUAUAUAUAUGCCCUGCUUAUGCGCAUGUAUUAAUGUACUAUGAUAUAAUCGUCAUUAACGUAAUAAAAUCUUUAUUAACUGUAGGAGGAGUAAACAAGUAAGAAA